AUGGUAUAUUUCCAGCCAAUAUUUCUAUUACUUUCUGGCUUUUUUCUAUUUGUAAACGCACAUGCCGAGGCAAUAGGUGAGCAUAGUGAAUGUUCUAGUACAUAUUUUUCAGACUGCCCGUCAAGUAGAAGAUUCUACGACAAGGGAAACGAUACGUGUAUCUGCAUUGUUCCCAAGAUUGAGGGGAAUGAGAUAAAGCAAUACGUUUACCAGUUGGACAGAAUGGCAUGUGAGGAUGACUUUUGGACCUGGUGGCUUUUCACUUCAUGGCCAUUCUUUGUAGUCGGCACAGUGCUUUGCAUCUUUGCAAUCCAAUUGUGGAUAAAAAAAAAUAAAACUCGAAGGGAAAGGGAUUCUGACGGGAUAUCAGAGAAUUAUCCUCCACCCCCUCAGUACUCAGUGCUCUAUUCCGUUCCGGGUUCCGAUGAAAAGAACCAGGUGAAGUCGCUCCAAAUUAAUCAAGAUGUUAUUCCACCAGCAGAUCAACGGAAAAUGUUUAUCAAAAAUUUUUAUUCAGAAAGUCAGCAUUAAAACAAUAAAAACUUUUUGUUAAACAAAUGGGCAAACUUAAAUAUUUGGUGAUUUUAGAGGUGUCUCAAUAACGUUGAAAAGAGAAGUUUUCUUUCACUUCAAGUGGUAACGGUCCUUGAAUUUCAAGGGAAACAGUUGACUCCGAAGGGAAACGAAUAA